AUGCGUGAUUUCCCAACUCCCUCUUCCCAAAGUCAGCUGCAGCGAUUUCCAGGCAUUGUGGACUUCUAUGGCCGAUUCCUCCUACACUGUGCCGACACUAUCCUGCCGCUGGCGAGCCUCCUCUCGUAUUCCAAACGUUCAUUCGAGGAGUCUGCAGAUUCCCUCGCUGCUUUUGACAAGGUGAAAGCUGUGCUGGCCGAGAACACCCUCCAGACGCAUUUUUCUCCCGAUGCUCCCAUCUCUCUCAUGGUUAGCGCCUCCGAUGUCGUACUAGGCGCUGUUCUCCAACAGCUAAUUGCUGGUCACAUCCAACCCUCAGCUUUCUUCUCCAGAAAGUUAUCAGCUGCCGAGACGCACCAUAGCACAUUCGAACGGGAGAUCCUUGCUGUCUUCCUCGCCGUUAAAUACUCCUGGCACUGCCUUGAUGGAAGAAGCUUCACUGUGUUCACGCAUCACAAGCUCCUUUCCUUCGCUCCCAAGUCCACUUCUGACAAGCUCAAUCAUCAAGAGGUUCGCCAACUGGACUACAUCUCGCAGUUUACCUCAAACAUCCGCCACAUCGAAGGGUCAAGCAAUGCGGUGGCUAACGCACCGUCCAAGCCCUGCAUCGUACAUCUCUAA